AUGAGCUCAGUUUCUCCAGAAGAUGAUGAAGGCUUGGAGCUUCAGAAAAAACUAGACAAGAUAAGGUCGCAAAUUAAUUCCAAACUUCCGAAUCAACAGCAAUUGGCAUUAAUAUUGCAGACCAUCGAGGAAAACUUGGAUCAGCAACAUCAAGAAGCAACUCCUACUGCAUACUUUAUUUCCUUUAUAAGUUUAUUGGAUCAAUGUUGUGAAAACGAUGAGGUGAAAGAUUAUGAACUAGCUACUGGUGCUCUUUACUUUUUAAGCAUGGUGUCACCAUUUACCCCUAAGGUUCUUUUGAGACCACAUUUUGCAGAAUUAUUAGCUAAAGUCGCUCCAGUACUAACUGAUGACAGGGCAAAGGCUCCACUAGUCAGAUCCGGCAUACACUUUUUGGAGAGUCUUUUAGCUGCUCAGGAUCGGGGUGCAUGGAACAAUGUUCAUAAUUAUAAAAUCUCCCCAAAUAGAGGCUUUAAGGGAUUGCUCGAACUGGCAUCAGAUCAUAGACCAAAGGUUAGGAAAGCAGCCCAGGAGGCCGUUCAUAGCAUUCUUAUGGACGUUCCAACUGGAUCCGGAAAAGAUCAUCCUGCCUCUCGUUCUGCUGCCGAAUUUGCUCUGGAAAAUUUAACUGCUGUUAUGCAUGAUAAAGAUAGUACACAAGGUUUUUCCAAAGAGAAAAAUGCUGAUGUGGUUCAUAGUUUGCAGCUCAUUUCAAGCAUUGCAACCGCGAAUGCUUGGCCAUCAAACCAAGUGAAGCGGCUAUGUGAUAUUCUUCUUCAAUUGUGUAGAUCUGCUGAUGAGUUUAUGGUGUCCUCAGCCUUUGAAGUAUUUGACUCUCUAUUCACGUCCAUAAAUGGUGAAAUUGAUGAGGCAAGAUUUAAUGAGGUCCUAGAUGUUUUGUUGGGUUUGAAACCGUCAUAUAACGAUACUCAUUUAGCGCCAGUAUGGCUUGCUGUCAUUGCUAAAGGUGUUACUACUUACUCACAUGAUGUCAGCUCUACCAAUUGUUUUAUGAGGUUUCCUCAUCUUUUUAAAAUUAUUGGUUCAUAUUUAGAAAGUCAAUCUAAGGAUGUUUACGUCAGUGCUGCCCAAUGUCUUGUGGCAAUUUGUUCUGAUGGCAUCGAUCCUGCUAUUCUUCUUGCUCCACCCGCAAAUGAUCGGGAAACUUAUGAGGGCGUUGAAAGAGUUAUAGACAAUCUCUCACAAAUUACUAAUGACUUUUUAUCGGUGAAGUUUCGGCACUGUGCAAAAGAAGUUGCUGAAAUUAUGGAAGCUCUUUUUACUUCUUUAAAGUUUCGAGCAACUAAUUCAUUCGACGAUCAGUUAAAACUUAUUGGUGGAUGGCGAUCAGAUGAGAAAGAAGGUUUUGAUUUAAAUGACGUUUCCGAGCGAGUUAUUGCAGCGGCAAUUUCUUCUAUUGGCCCGGAAGCUGUUUUAAGAUGUUUGCCUUUGAAUCUUGAUAAUUCGAGUGCCGUUGGAAGAGCUUGGCUUCUUCCAAUUUUAAGGGAUAAUGUUAAGUGUUCGCAUUUAGGAUUCUAUAUUAAUGAAGUCCUUCCAUAUGUUGAUUAUUUUGAUGGACUUAUUAAAAAUGGCAAGCAUACAUCGAUGAACUCAAAAAUAUUUGCUACAAUCAUUAAUCAGUUAUGGUCAAUACUUCCAGCAUUUUGUGACCUACCACAAGAUACAACUGAAAGCUUUUCUGAUGAGUUUGCAGCAAACUUAUCACAGCUUCUUUAUAAGAAAACUACAUUGAGACCCAUAAUUUGCCACGCGUUGAGAAUUUUGGUUGAAAGUAACUUAACCUAUAUCAAUGAAACAGUGGCAAAUCCUCUCCUUAACCAGAUAUUCCCUAUAAAGGAGGCUAAAAAGGCAGUGGAAUAUCUCACCAAGACCAAGUCGUCCAAUAUUCUUUCUGUUUUGUUUAAUGUAUUUUCUGAAACACCAUCUGAACAAAGAGGUUACGUAUUGGAGACCAUUGAUGUUUAUCUUCAAAUAUCGAGCUCGGAUGAUAUUGUUUCUGCAUUCAAUAAUGUUUGUACUUUACUUAAACGUUCUUUAGAUGAAGAAAAACCGGCGGAGUCGAACAACAGCAAAGAUGAUGAAGCUGGAAGUAUUCCAUCUGUCUCAGUUACCAUGAUGGAUAUUCUCAUUGAGAUGGUAAAGUUCAUUCCUACUUCUAGUCAGAAUGCUAUAUUGGCCAUAUUUAACCAAACUGUUAAUGUUAAAAAUAUACCGGUGCAGAAAAGGGCCUAUAGAAUGUUGGAAAGGUUGCUCACUUUACCAUCUGGACAAAAAUCUGCAUUGGAGGUUCUACCAGAUAUUCUUCUUGUUUUGAAAAAUGCUUCCGAACAUACUUUAACACCUGUUAAAAGUGCUAGGUUGAAUUGUAUAGGUGCUGUUCUAACUAUCCUACCUUCAUCUUGUCUCUAUUUUAUUCCUGCAGUGAUUUCCGAAGUUAUUCUUGGAACAAAAAAUGCCAAUGAAAAAGCAAGGGAAUCUUCUUAUGAUAUUCUUGUUCUAAUGGGUCAAAAAAUGAAGGAUCAUGAGGGCUCGAUAAUUAAGAAUUCCACUUUAGAUCCCGAGAUACUUGAUUCAGAAGCAUCUUUAAAAGAAUUUUUUGUGAUGUGCUCGGCGGGUUUAGCCGGUGGAACACCACACAUGAUCAGUGCUACUGUUACCGCCUUAUCAAGAAUACUUUAUGAAUUUUAUUCUGACCUUCCAAUUGAACUUUUGAUGGAAUUGACGUCAACGGUUGAAUUGUUCUUGACAUCGAAAAACAGGGAAAUAAUUAAAUCUACAUUAGGAUUUGUUAAAGUUGCAACACUUACCUUACCAAGUGACUAUGUUAAGCCAACAUUGAAGGGUCUUUUAACAAAUGUUAUGAAUGUAAACCACGAGCAGAAAGGACAUUUUAGAUCCAAGAUUAAGCAUCUUAUUGAAAGACUUGUUCGCAAGUAUGGAAUUGACUAUAUUACUGAAUGUAUUCCUGAAGAAGAUAAGAAGUUAAUCACCAAUAUCAGGAAGACAAAUGCGAGGGCCAAAAGAAAGAAGGCAGAUUCCUCAAAUGAAAAUAAUGAGAAUGAGAUUGAGUCCGGUGCAAAUCAGAGACAAAACUUCAUGUCUGGAUAUGAUGAAGCCUUGUACGGCGACACUGAUGAUGAGUUUGAUGACAAUAAUGUCGAGACAGAGGAUACGUCAUCCAGGAAUGGCAACACAGAACAGUUUAUAUCCGAAUCUAAAGAAAUGCCAUUAGAUCUUUUGGACAAACAAGCAUUGUCACACAUUUCAUCAACGAAACCUAAAAGCUUUAGCAAAAAAUCACACAAUAUUCAGACUCCAAAUGGAAAGCUUGUCUUCAAUGUGAAUGAUGAUGCGGGUUUAAGCUCUAAAAAUUCUAUUGAUGCGUACGUUGAAGCAAUUAAGCAAGCACCUAUCAGAACUCGGGGUAAUAAGCUCAAAUAUAAAAAAAGGCAGAGAAAAGAAGAUGGUAUAAAUUGGGACGAUGAUAUUGCGAAUGAUAAUGCAGCACCGAAAAGGGCGAUUCAUAAUAAAGUAAAGACUGGAAGAGUUAAUAAGCGGAAGCCUAAAUUUAAGGCUAGAAAGAAGCUCUGA